CGGCGGCGGCUCCCUCCCAACCUCCCCUUCCCCUCCCCUCGUUCCCUUUCCCCUUCCCUCCUCCUCCUCCCCCCCCACCCCCACGCCCGGAAAACGCGAGCCGUCGCCGCGCUGCCUUCACACCGCCGCCUGCCCGCCUUCGGCCAACCGCCCCCAACGGCCGUCCCCUCUCGCUGCUCCUCCCCUUCGGCUCCUCGGGAGCAUCGCGGGCUCCGGCCUCCCGCCGCUCCGCGCGCUUCCCCCGCUCGCGGGCACGUUGUUGCUGCCAGGCGCCAUGCCCCGGCCGCGGGCUGCUCGCGGGCCUAGGCGCGGCGGCCCGAGAUAGGGGCCCCCGUCCCCCGGGGGAGGAGAGAGGCUCGGGCCGCGCGCUCCGCCCCCUCCCCCCGGGCUGUCGCCGCCGCCGCCGCCGCCGCCGCCUCGCUGCCCCAGCUGGCGGGGAGGAGGAGGAGGAGCACCAGGCCUCGGUCCCCGCACCGCCGCCCGCAGGUCAUUUCUGAUUCAUUUGCAUCUUUGAAGAGCAUCUGUAAGAGAGGAAGGAAAAGAUGGGUGUGAAAACAUUUACUCAUAGCUCUUCUUCCCACAGUCAGGAAAUGCUUGGAAAGCUAAACAUGCUGCGAAAUGAUGGACAUUUCUGUGACAUCACUAUUCGUGUCCAGGACAAAAUCUUCCGGGCACAUAAGGUGGUACUAGCAGCUUGCAGUGAUUUUUUUCGCACUAAACUUGUAGGCCAAGCAGAGGACGAGGACAAGAAUGUGUUGGAUUUACAUCAUGUUACAGUGACUGGUUUUAUCCCCCUUCUAGAAUAUGCUUACACAGCCACUCUGUCAAUUAACACAGAAAAUAUCAUUGAUGUGCUGGCUGCAGCCAGCUACAUGCAAAUGUUUAGUGUUGCUAGCACCUGCUCAGAGUUCAUGAAAUCAAGCAUUUUAUGGAAUACACCCAACAGCCAGCCGGAAAAGAGUCUCGAUGCUGGACAAGAAAAUAACUCUAACUGCAAUUUCACUUCUCGAGAUGGAAGCCUUUCACCAGUGUCGUCAGAGUGCAGCGUGGUAGAAAGAACCAUUCCUGUCUGCCGAGAAUCCCGGAGAAAGCGCAAAAGCUACAUCGUCAUGUCUCCCGAGAGUCCCGUGAAGUGCAGCACGCAGACAAGCUCCCCCCAGAUACUGGGUUCUUCGGCUUCCUACUCAGAAAGUAGAAGCCAACCAGUUGACUCUUCUCUAGCUUUUCCCUGGACUUUUCCUUUUGGGAUUGAUCGAAGGAUUCAGCCUGACAAGGUUAAGCAGGCAGAAAACACCCGGACUCUAGAACUACCCGGCCCACCUGAGACCGACAGAAGAGUGGCUGACUUUGUGACUUGUGAGAGCACAAAAACAACCCUGCCUCUGGGGACCGAAGAAGAUGUCCGGGUGAAAGUGGAAAGAUUAAGUGAUGAGGAGGUGCAUGAGGAAGUACCCCAGCCUGUCAGUGCAUCUCAGAGUUCACUGAGCGACCAGCAGACAGUGCCAGGAAGUGAACAAGUCCAAGAGGACCUUCUGAUUAGUCCACAGUCUUCCUCAAUAGGCUCAGUAGAUGAAGGUGUCAGCGAAGGGUUACCUACGCUUCAAAGCACUUCCAGCACCAAUGCUCACGCAGAUGAUGAUGAUCGAUUGGAAAACGUUCAGUAUCCCUACCAACUCUACAUUGCCCCUUCCACCAGCAGCACAGAGCGGCCCAGCCCAAAUGGUCCGGACAGGCCUUUUCAGUGUCCGACUUGUGGAGUGCGAUUCACCCGAAUUCAGAACCUAAAACAGCACAUGCUCAUCCACUCAGGAAUUAAACCAUUUCAGUGUGACCGCUGUGGAAAAAAGUUCACCAGGGCUUACUCGCUAAAGAUGCAUCGCCUAAAGCAUGAAGGUAAACGCUGUUUCCGGUGCCAGAUAUGUGGUGCCACUUUCACUUCCUUCGGGGAAUAUAAGCACCACAUGAGGGUUUCCCGGCACAUUAUCCGCAAGCCUCGGAUUUACGAGUGCAAAACAUGCGGCGCCAUGUUCACCAACUCUGGAAAUUUAAUCGUGCACCUGAGGAGUCUGAACCAUGAAGCGUCAGAGCUAGCAAACUACUUCCAGAGCAGUGAUUUCCUAGUACCGGACUACCUAAACCACGAGCAAGAAGAGGCCCUAGUUCAGUACGAUCUUGGAGAACACAGUUUUGAAAGCAACCCCUCUGUUCAAAUGCCUGUAAUCUCACAGGUCUCCUCGACCCAGAAUUGUGAAAGCACUUUUCCCUUGGGGUCUCUCGGCGGGCUGGCAGAAAAGGAAGAGGAAGUGACAGAGCCCCCCAAGACCAGUGCUUGUGCCGAGGCCACCGGAGAGGACCCCCCAAAACCAGAGCUGUCUUCGAUAACUAUCAAGUAAUUCCAUGGUUUGACUUCAUUUUGGUUUUUGGAAAGUGCCUGUGCUUGGUCUUGUACAUUUAAAUUUAAAUUUAAAAAAAAAAAAAAAGGUUUUGGGGAAGAAUUUCCCUUUCUACUUUGUGAGCCCUGCAACUGAUGUUUUGUUUUAUUUUUCAUGACUGGGAGAUUGCUUCUGUAAGUACACUAUAACAUGGUGUAGAAAUAGAAUACGACUGUUGGACGUAAGGAGAACUGAUUGACUUAAAACUUCUCAUUUCUCCUUGCAUUGCUGUCAAUAGGCUAACAGCAGAUCGUUAGGUAACGAAGGAAUCAGGUGACUGUUGGCCUUCCUGAGAUGGAAGGGCACACAGAAACCAACUACUAAAAGGAACUUGACCGAUGGCCUGAAUAGAUGUUUACUCCUGUACACCGGACGUUGUACAGUAUAAAGCCUUUUGUUUUUGGAAGUAUUUAUGGUAAGCUAUCUUAAAAAUUAUUGAGGUAAAUACUUUUUUUUUUUUACUUCAUAGAG